UGUAUUUUUAAUAUAUAUAAUUUAACUAUUAAAAUGUGCAAUUUAUUAUUAGUAAACCUGGAUGUCUGUACGCGUGCGGAGUGUGUGUGUGUGUGUGUGUGUGUGUGUGAGAGAGAGAGAGAGAGAGAGAGAGAGAGAGAGAGAGAGAGAGCUGCGUUGGGGGUGGGUGUCGCUCGGCCACAUGCUUGUGGAGGUAGAAAGCUCUUGCUCAGGCAACAUUCAGGUUUACAUCCGUCGGUCCUCGGCUCAGUCUAGGCACUAGGGACACAGCAAAACGACUGCACGUGAGGUUCUCAGACACUUGUGAUCAGCACCCCUGGAUCGUCUCGACAGGGUCAGAGUUUGUUUUGUGUGAGCGCGCCUUCGGGACACAAUGUGUCCAACCCCGAACUCCGAUUACUUUGCGGCGGUCCCCUGACCAACAAGGAAUCUCACUAGCGUCUAUGGAGGGGCAAGCAAAUCGUUUACCGUCACGAUACCACAAUUCUAUCCUCUGUUAUUUGAGAGAUGGUAACAAAUGAACGGCUCCGAAGAGAACAUGGUUGAGAGGACCAGCAAAUUCUUGUUGAUCGUUGUCGGCUCUGUCUUCUUCAUGCUGAUUUUGUAUCAAUACGUGGCUCCCGGAGUCAUCAACUUCGGGUCUCCGCACGGGUACCUCGCUGAAGAAGACAUGACCAUAUUCCCUACGCCGGAUCCCCAUUAUGUAAAAAAGUACUAUUUUCCCAUCAAGGAUCUGGAACGGACGAUGGAUUUUGAGAUUAAGGGAGAGGAUGUGAUCGUUUUCCUUCACAUCCAGAAAACUGGAGGUACCACGUUCGGGAGGCACCUGGUUCAGAAUGUGCGUCUGGAGGUGCCUUGUGACUGCAGACCUGGUCAGAAAAAGUGUACCUGCUAUCGGCCCAACAGAAAAGAGACCUGGCUGUUCUCACGGUUCUCCACCGGCUGGAGCUGUGGCUUACACGCCGACUGGACCGAGCUCAUCAACUGCGUACCAGGAGUUCUUAACAAGCGGGAGACUAAAGCAAAGAAAUUAAGGAAGUUCUACUACAUCACGCUUCUGCGGGACCGGUGUCACUACCUGGCGAAGUUAUUUUUGCAGCCGGGCGCCACCUGGAAGACCUCGCUGCACAUGUGCGACGGGCGCACGCCCACGCCCGAGGAGCUGCCCGCCUGCUACGACGGCAGCGACUGGUCAGGCUGCACGCUGCAGCAGUUCAUGGACUGCCCUUACAACCUGGCCAACAACCGGCAGGUGCGCAUGCUGGCCGACCUGAGUCUAGUCGGCUGCUACAACAUGUCCACGCUCCCGGAACGCAAGCGCGCCCAGAUCCUGCUCGAGUCGGCCAAGAAGAACCUGCGCGACAUGGCGUUCUUCGGCCUGACGGAGCACCAGCGCAAGACGCAGUACCUGUUCGAGCGCACCUUCCACCUGCGCUUCAUCCGCCCGUUCGUGCAGUUCAACAGCACGCGGGCGUCCGGCGUGGACCUGGACAACGGCACCAUCCGCCGCAUCGAGGAGCUCAACGAGCUGGACAUGCAGCUGUACGACUACGCGCGCGACCUCUUCCAGCAGCGCUACCAGUACACGCACAUGCUAGACCGCCAGGAGCAGCGACUCUCCCAGCGCAGCCAGGCGCGCCUCUUGAGAGGGGGAGGAGGAAGAGGAGGAGGAGGAGGUGGGGAGGAGGCGGCGGGGACUGGGGGCGAGGGAACAGCGCGGCUGCCCACGGAGGACUACAUGAGCCAGAUCAUCCACGGAUGGUAGCGCAGAGAGAGACAAAAAUGGAGAGAGAGAGAGAGAGAGAAAAGAGGAGGGUGUGGCAGGUGGGAGAUGGAGAGAUAAAAGAGAUGUAGACUAAGGGGGAGGAGAGAUGUAGACUCUCGGAAAAAAGAAAAGCUGAACUAGCGGAAUGCUGUUCUUUCCUCUACUCCACCUUCCUCCACUCUCUCUAGGGUCAGGAUUGGUCAAGUGAAAACUGUGAAAGGUUGGGACCUGUCAACCUCCCUGUUUAAUUUAGUUACUUGUUUGUUUGUUUAUAUCCUUCAGGAUAACAUGAUUGUGUCCUUGUGGACUAAACGCUUAUACCAAGGAAAAAGUAAAAAAAAAAAAAAAGAAAGAAAAAAAAAAGCAAAAAUAAAGAAUUAAAGGAGAAAUCUAAGGCUCAAAGUGCGGGAAGGAUUCCUCGGUCUCAUCCGCCCCCCAAAGCGAAGAGAAGCAGCGACGAAUAAAAGGAUUCACUGUUUGGCAACAAAGAAGGCGCAACAUCAAAGCUCCCACACUGGGCAAGCCAACAGUGUGUUGUUUCCCUGAGAUACACUGCUUUUAUUUCCUCCCCUCCCAGACAUAAUUUAAUUAUCACACAGUUGAGAAGCAUUACGUAAAUGAGGUCUAGGAGUCUUUUGGAAUUCAUUUAAUUGCCUUCAGAUCAUAGAAAGCAGAAAGACAGAGGGGAAUAAAACACAUAAGUCAUUGGCUUGAUCCACUGUUCUUCAAGAAAACAGAGAUGAUUCAUUGUUUGAUUUCUUAAACCUCAGAUAUCACUUACAUUUCCUUAGCACUAAUAUCAAUUGUCAGCUCCCGCAUAUCUGAACCACAUAUCCAUAAACAAAUGCCCUUUUCACACUUUGUAAUGACUACAAAAAAAUGAAUAUAAUUUGAACUGCAGUAAAAGUUACUUUCAGUUCAACUUGCCAACACCCAACAUGGAUGGACUCUCUUCUCACCUCCAAUGUGUCCACUCGCCACUCAGCCUCGUCCUGGGUCCAGGCGGUUGUGGCAGCUGUGGUCGCUGUGGCUGAGAAUGUUGUGGUUUUGGACACCUGAAGGCUUUCAGUGUGUGGGUUCCAUGGGCGUGAGACUUUUUACUGAUAUAAUGAAAUAUGAUAAAACAAUUAAUAUUUUUCAACAAGGAAAAAAAGCAUGGAUAUUUGUUUUUCUUUUCAGAAUGUUUUUCUUUUCAAUGUGUGUAUGUAUGUGUGUCUGUGAAUGAGUGGACAGCUAUUUCAAAUAAGUAAAUCAAAGUGUGUGUGUGUGUGUCUGUGUGUGUGUCGGUGUGUGUGUCUGUGUGUGUGUGUGUGUGUGUGUGUGUGUGUGUGUGUGUGUGUGUGUGUGUGUGUGUGUGUGUCUGUAUGUGUGUGUGUGUUGUGUGAAUGCAGUGCAGUAUCCUCCACAUAUUUUCCCCAAUAGGACGGAGACACUUUUGAGUCUCUGAGAGGCUUCCAUAAUCAUACUUUACCCAUAACAACAGCAGAAGUGCAAUAUGAUUGCCUGACUAAUGGUAAUAAUUACUAUUGCCUGAUGAGUCAUUAGCUAAAUAAAAUCCUGUCAUUAAUUUCAGUGCCAGCAUUACUUCUGAAUCGCUGUUCGACAAAAGCCCCAUUCUCUUUCCCUUUUGACGUAUUUGUGAAUAGGUACAAUUAUUAUGCUUUUUAUCACCCAGUAACUCUGAAUGUGUUAAUUAAAAGCAAUUAUUACUUUGAAUUCAAAGCAAUUGUGUGACAUAUGAACAGUAUGUUGUAUUUGUGUGCUUGUGAGGUUAGUGGUAUGGUGAUGUGUUUGUCCCAGUUGCUCUGCUUCUGAUUUUUUUAAGCUCAGUAGCAGAGCAACAAAGCAAUCCCUGAAAAACCGUUAUGGAACGUUUUUUUUUUGUACACACACACUCUGUUUUGAUUUCAUCAUCUAGCCAAAUGUGGCUGCAUAAUAUUGAAUCAUUCCGUCCCUGCCAUCCAUCCAAUCAAAAUCUUGUAAACACCCCCCUUGAGGCAUUUCUGGGUGUCUGAAAGACCUCUGUUUGAGAGGAAAAUCAAAAGGUGAUAUUUUUACAGAAAAUGUAUAUGAGUAUAAAUAUAUAUCUAUAUAUCUUUGUGUGUGUGUGUGUGUGUGUGUCGUGUGUGGUGUGUGUGUGUGUGUGUGUGUGUGUGAGAGUGUGCGUGUGCGUGUGUGUGUGUGUGUGUGUG